AUGUCGAAAGACUCAGGCUAUGAUUCUGCAGCAGAGUCCGUGUCCUCGUCCGAGGUCGUCCACGCUGUAAAUCGGCUUGUGCAAGAAGACCUCGGGGAUGGACCGCUUAUUCUUCCCUUGUACAGCAACCUGAUGCAAAGGCGGGAGCAGUGUGUGAAUGGGCUUUGCUGUAGUGGCAGCUGCAAGCCCUGCCUGUUCCACAAGGCAUCGAUGGGGUGCCCCCGGGGUGCUAACUGCCUUUACUGUCAUGAAUGCGACAUUGAUGCUGACCGAAUUCCACAACGACCUCGCAAGACCCUACGCCACAAGAUCAAGAGGAACGUGGAGGAGUUGCUGCAGAGGUUUGACACUUCACCAGAGCGCGUCCACGACCAACUGCAGUCCAUGGCCUCCAGCAGUCAUUAUGCGGCCAACUUCUUGGCAG